AUGGACAGGCCUUCCAAGCGGCCGCGGCUGUCGAUGGCCUGCAACAUCUGUCGCCAGCGCAAGGUCAAAUGCGACGCAGAGUAUCCCAAGUGCCGCAAUUGCCGCCUGCGCAACCAACAGUGUAUCACCACCGAUCCUCAGCGACCAGGAGUGACUGGCAUUCGAGAAUGGCUGGAUAUACCGGACAAACAGACCCCUCAGAACGAAGAUCAGCCUCAGCAUCCGGCAGUGGGCGAUCAGAACCACCAAGAGGCGACCGACUCCCCACAGAAGCUGUCGCCAAACGAGGUCUCACCUGUGCAUCAUCCGUUCGACGUCUCGUUUAAUGUGGAACAUGGAACCGACAAGGUUAAGAUCAUGGGUGGGAGUAGUUCACAAUGUUUGGCGAAAUCUCUUGAUGUCUACUUCAAGGCUGCCCGUCUCAAGCCGGUAUCGGGCUGCUUCCGGUACGGGAUGAGACAUGCGGAGGAACUCGAUCUGCCUUUAUCUCUGUCUUUGCCGGAGUUACCGGACCGUGACCGACGAGAACGCUAUCUAUCCGCCUAUAUCUCUCGCAUACACCCUCUGUAUCCUAUCUUCAAUACAGCCCGACUCCGCGCGGGUACUGACCUCUUUGCCACGGCGGGUGGCUUCACCAAUCUUCCGCGCGAGCAAAUCCCACGAAUCGUGUCAGCGUACUUGAUCAUGAGUCUAGGAGCAGACGAGAUAGGCCAGGGCGCAACCGUGGACGGUGAUCGCUACUUGCAAGCCGCGGCGUGUCUACUGUCCCAUGUUAUUAUCAUCCCGUAUCUCCCGACGGUGCAGACAUUGCUCCUUUUCACCAUGGUAUAUCGCGGACGGAACCAGGAAGGUCUGGCCUGGCAAACACUAGGCAUGGCCAUUCGGACUGCUUAUACACUGGGGAUCAACCGGACAUCUACAUCCAAUUCUGAAGGAAAGAAUAUCGAACGACGCGUGUGGGCAGUCUGUUGGUGCUUGGAGAAGAUGAUGCAUCUGGAAUCGGGACGACCAACCGUCAUCGGAUACCAGCAUCCUAGGCCAGAGGAUGCUCUAGGAGAGAGUAAAUUUCUGCAGUGGCACGUCGAGCUUGGGGAAUACCAAGGCAACAUCAGUGACCAUCUUUACAGCCAUCAAUCAGGGACAAGGGAUGUGCGACAGAUACUCUUGGAUACAGCGCGACUUGACCGCGAACUGUUGUCCUGGGCCAAUCGGGUCCCUAGUGACCUGCGUCCGGGGAGCGAUAUCUUCUGCGCGGACGAAGAGUUUCAUGCAGCCGCGUUUCUGUCCAUCCAGUACCACAGCACGUUGAUCUCGCUGCAUCGCGCGGCCCUCAUUGCCCCGACAUUGAGCUUUGAGGAAGAAGUGGCAAAAUAUUGCUCCGAUGAGCCAUCGCAAUUUCGAAUGCGUCAUGGAGAGUCAAUCUGCGUGAGCAGCGCUCGAGCGAUUGCUAAACUUAGUGUCCAGCUGUCGGAACGCAAGGCAGACUCGCAGAUCAUUACGGCUGGACCGUCCCUUUUGGCUUGCAUUGUGCUGGCCAUCUUCCUGAUUAAGCAUCCAGGUUCUCGGUUGCAGGCCAUGGAUUUGCAGCUUCUCAAAGCGUGUCUAGAGUAUAGUAGUCAGCACCUAUCAAGAUACGACCCCGACCCACGAUUUAUAGAAGGUAUCACGGCUAUCUACGAACAAUGUAACGCCCAUCUCCGGUCCUGGUCGGCCGCAGAAGCCAAAAGACGGCCACAAAGUCGUGACAGUCUCGCAAAACUUAAUCCACUUCCCACGCCAGCAGUUGACGACUCGCUGCCACCUUGGAGGCCUACCGGAGUGAUGCAGCCAAGCGAUAUGCACAAACAGAGCAGCGGUGGAUACCAAUCUCAGCGUGUGAUGCAAUCAGCCGUGUCUACACCUGCCAUAGACCAUGAAGGACAUGACCAUCUAGACUCAUUAGGAUUUUCCAGCACAUCAAUGUUAGAUGGGUUCGUCGCGGAGGGAGUCAAUGUGGAUCAAGUAUUUCCUUUUGAGGGAUACAAUGUGGAGGAACUGUGGAAUUGGAUGGGAUGCCUGGAUAGUCCUGGAUCAAUGCCUGAUAUACGGUAG